AGGCACAAAUGAGACGGCGGUGGCGGUAUUAGAUGAGGCGAAUGAAGAGGAAAAUGAGGAGGAGGAGGAAAAGGAGGAGGAUGAGGAGGAAGAGGAGGAGGAAGAGGAGGAGGAAGAGGAGGAGGAGGAAGGAAUGGUCGAAAAUAUUUUUCAUCUUUUUUCAACUUAA